AUUUACUUUGGUUGUGGAUGUGGAUUUGAGGAGGGAGUUCGUUUAGUAUUUUGGAGAAUGCAACUGAAACUAUUUAUUAUAAAAGCGUACGCGUUUCGUGCAGUAGUGUAAUAUCUUUUUGUUCUUUUAUUAUUGUUUUUUUUUUCUCUUCAUUUUAAACUAAAUACCUUCAAUACUCACGCAUAUAUAAUAGAAAGAAGACAGUGGUAAUUUUUCACAUAUUAAAUCCAAUAGAAAAUCUUUCACGAUGGAGAGAAAAUUUAUGAAUGUUAUUCUACUUGGGUUCGGAUUUAUGUUUGUUUUUACUGCAUUCCAAACUAUGGGAAACAUUGAGAAAACGAUUCUGGACAGCAUAAGGCAAGAUGACAGCACGUUUACAGCUGAUGGAUACACGUCCUUGGCCAUCAUCUACGCGACCCUCGCUAUUUGUAACUGGAUGGCACCUUCGGUGAUCACAAUAACUGGGCCCAGAGGGGCAAUGCUUAUAGGAGCUGUGACUUAUUUAUUCUUCAUAAUAACAUUCCUGUUCCCUCGAACAUGGUUACUCUAUGUGGCGAGUGUCCUAAUCGGCGCAGGAGCAGCCGCCAUUUGGACCGGCCAGGGUAACUACCUCACACUCAACAGUGAUGCUGACACCAUAUCCAGAAAUUCCGGGAUUUUCUGGGCUAUGUUACAAUGCAGUUUGUUCUUUGGCAACCUCUUCGUGUUCAUAAAGUUCCAAGGCAAAACUCAUAUAGAUGUUGAGACCCGAAAUGUGGUAUUUGGUGCUUUAACAGCAGUGUCUAUCGUUGGUAUUGUUUUCCUGCUGCUUUUGAGGCCGACACGACGGGCGCCGGCUAUUGACGAUGCCAAGUGCGAAAUCGUGGUCGAGCCGGAAGGUCCUUUGGAUGCCUUCAAAGGCGCCAUAAAGUUGUUCUGCACGCGUGAUAUGAUUUUCUUGAGUGCCGCUUUUAUUUAUACCGGUGUUGAGUUGUCAUUCUUCAGUGGAGUGUACAGUCCUAGUAUUGGGUUUACAUUGGCUAUGGGCGAGAAUGUUAAACAGCUUGUGGGUCUCUCUGGAGUAUUCAUUGGAAUGGGAGAGGUUCUUGGUGGCGCCCUCUUCGGUAUCCUAGGCAACAAAACAACUCGCUGGGGCCGGGACCCAAUCGUGAUCAUGGGUUAUUUCAUCCACAUGACCAGUUUCUUCCUCAUAUUCAUCAAUUUGCCCAAUGUAGCUCCAUUCGGUGAUACAAUGGACACCUCCUAUAUAACACCUUCGCCAUACUUGGCCAUGUUGUGCAGUUUCCUUCUUGGUUUCGGGGAUGCCUGCUACAAUACUCAGAUUUAUUCCAUAUUGGGCGGGAAAUACUCUGACAAUAGUACCUCAGCGUUUGCGCUGUUCAAGUUCACUCAGUCAUUAGCUGCAGCAGCUUGUUUCUUCUACUCAUCGAAGGCCCUGCUUUCCGUCCAAUUAGGUGUACUAGCAGUUUUAGCGUCUAUUGGUACUGCAGCCUUUUGUCGAGUAGAAUGGUCUGACAGAGCCCGAAGUCGUCUUGCUGUUGACAAUGUUGAUGAAAAAUUGUCACCCGUCACUCACUCUUUGGCGGAAAACACGUUGCACUAUGACUGAAUUUGAAAUAAGUGAGGUGAGGUGAGCAAUCACCAUUGUUGACUGUGUUACCUUUAGAAUUAUUUACUUUCCGUAACGAUUUUAAUGCAAUAAGAAAUGCUACUUAAAAAUCAAGAGCUUUUUAGUAAAAUUUGUUUUAGUGAUAUUGACUGUAAAUUUUUGUAAGAUACUUAUAUGACACUAAAAUUUUUGUAUUGUAUAUGUAUGUAGUUGUAGGAAUACCAUUACACCUUCUUUGAAAUCAUUUGCAACCUUUUUAGGAGCAAUUUGCUAAAAAAAAUGCUAUUGUUUAAUUAUAAGUAACAUUGUAACAUCCUCCAUGAUAACAAUUGCACUAACAAGAGAAGAAUAGAAUAAUAUUUUUGGAAAGUAUUAUAAAAUUAGCUAUUUAACAGUUAUUAUAAACAUCUAAUUUUAAUGUAAAUAAGCUGAUUAAUGGCCCUAUGUAGAACAUAGGAAUUACUAACAGCUUUAUUUUGAAUAAUAGAUUAAAAAUGUUACAUAACGUUUUAAGUGUUGUAUGUAAUAUAAGAAUUUAUUGUGAUGUAUAGAUAACAUUUUUUAAAAUAGGCAGAACAUUCCAAUUUAAUUUUUUAAGUAAAAUGGACAUUAUUUAAUUUAUCUAGUCAAUUUAUUUGCUAUAUUUUUGUAAACACAACAUAAAUUAUUACAACUGACUUAAAAUUCCACUCUACUUUAAAAAGCAAACAAAAGAAUAAAAUGUCCUAUUAAAUUUAAGUAUAUAAAAUAAUUAUAUUAAUAAAAUCAAUUAAACAUU